AGUGCUAACAGCAAAUAGAGGAAUAUGCGAGCAAGACCUUGCGCCAUGAUCCUGAUUGUCGUUGCAGCGUUGAUUCGUCGGAGUGAUGCCUUUCUUGAUGACAACCCUGCACUUGGAGCCUACCAGGACGAAAGCAAGUGUUUGAACUGGACUGAACCCUGGUAUGUAAUAUACAGAAACUACGAAGUGGAUCCGCUAUUCGGCGACAGCACCCAAUGCGCGAGUGCAAGUGUAGUGACGAGUGACCCGGCCGAGCCAGCAUUUUGGACUAAAGAACAGGGCGAGACCACACGGUUCUUAAAAGAUACCCUGCUGUCAUCACCGGGCUACACAUCGAAAAACUUGGUUCAUGUCCAGAGUGCAGCACCCGGAAAGCAACCAAGCGAGCGUAAGUUCGCAGUUUCAUGA